UUCCACUUCCAUCUUCGGCAAGAUGGCAUUCCUCUCGCACCGUCUCUCGCCAAUCUUCGGUACCCCCCUUGUCGAUCCUUCCCCUCCAUUCCAUUCUCAGGUCAUUGGCGAUAACAUCCAUCUCGUCUUCCAGGGUAGGCACCAUACGCGCACUGCCAUUUCCUCUUUCGGCAUCAUGCUGACUUGCUUGCAGAUUCUCCUAACACCUUCACUGGCUAUAAUGUCCAAGCUUGCACACGCCCAAUCACCAAUCCUCGCUCCAGAUCACAACCCCAUCCUCCGCUACUUCCUCAAAAAGACCUUCUAUCGCCAGUUCUGUGCUGGAGAAAACGCCGCAGAGGUCAAGCAGACGGUGGAUGGCUUGAAGAACCUCGGAUUCAAGGGCGUCAUACUCGGUUACGCAAAAGAGGUCGUGCUGAACGAGAGUCAAACGGGCAAGUUACAGUCUUCUGGAGACAACGAAGCUGCCGAAGCAUGCAUACGAAAUGAGAUCAACCCCUGGGCACAGGGAACUCUGGAAACGGUACGGAUAGCAAGCCCCGGUGACUUCGUUGCCCUCAAAUUCACCGGUGCCGGCAGCCAAGCACUUUUCGACCUUAGUCAAAAGACCGGCCCGUCUGCUGCACUGAAGGAAGCUAUCGACUCUAUCUGUGACCUUGCUGCUACUCGAGAUGUCAGACUCCUCUUCGAUGCUGAACAACAAGCUGUGCAAGCUGGCAUUGACGCUUGGACCUUGAAAUACAUGCGGGCAUACAACGGAAAGACACCUGGCAAGGCAAUCGUGUAUGGCACCUACCAAGCAUACCUCAAAGCCACUCCCUCGAUCCUAGCCUCUCAUCUUGCUGCUGCACGGAAGGAUGGAUUCACACUUGGUGUCAAGCUAGUCAGAGGUGCAUAUCUAGGCUCUGAUCCCAGACAUCUCAUCCACGACACGAAAGCCGAUACAGAUGAUUGCUACAAUGGCAUAUCAGCCAGUCUUGCUCGCAGAUCCUAUGGUUCUGUAUUGAAGCCCGCACCCGGAGAGACCGACUUCCCACCCGUCAAUGUUGUUUUGGCAGGCCACAACCACACCUCAGUCCGUAAAAUCCAAGCGCUUCGUACCGAGCAGGCCAAACACGGAGAAGAGCAGAUAGAUCUAGUCUACGCACAACUACAAGGCAUGGCGGAUGAAGUCAGCUGCGAAUUGGUUCAAGCUGGUAGGGUGGAAGCAGGAGACGCAGAGAUGAAGGUUGAUAUUCCCAAGGCGUACAAAUACCUGGUCUGGGGCACAACAGGGGAGUGUAUGAAGUAUCUAUUGAGAAGGGCACAAGAGAAUAAGGAUGCGGUACAGAGAACUAGGGAUGGGAGAAAUGCUAUGGCUGCGGAAUUGAAUAGGCGGGUCAAGGCAGCGUUUGGCUUUGCUUCUUGA